CAGUGAAGAAAUUUGUGAAAAAUCUGUGUUUUGUUAUCAUAUUUUCCGAAAAGUAAUGUAGCCUACCGAUUAUUUACAUAUGCACACUAUUAUUAUUGGACACUGAUUACUAUGAAAAUAAUAUUCGAUGCCAUGAAAGCAGGUUAAUCCAGUGACGAGUCAGAAGCGCUUAUUACAGCGGCCUAGAAACAUGUGAACAUUUGAUUUAAUGUGGAAUUAGCAGCCUUCCAAGAGGGCCAACAAAGCAUCGAUGACUCUGCAACUUGUCUUAAAUGACGCACAAGCCAAGUGAUUACGUAUCUGAAGAAAACUAUUGUUCUUUGUUCUGUUCUUGGUUUCCUUGUCCGUAAAAAUCGGCUAGAUGGCGCCAUUGCUCCAUGCUGUAGCACAUAAAUUCAACAACUUGACCCCACUGACGUCAAGACGGUCUGGCGCAUCAAGGCCACUUUCAAAACCCUAUUGGUCUGAAAAUCACAUGACAAAGCGCCUUGAAUCCAUAAUUAUGUUGCUGAUAUUUUUCGCCCCCCCAAAAGAUGUCAGCGUCCUACUGUCCUCAUCCACUUCGGCAUAAAGGAGAUUGUUUUGAAUCAAACGGAAAACAAGGCAAGUAGCAAAAUGUCAUGUCCGAACAACGUGGCAGCCAAUACAUUCCUGAUGGACUCGCUGGUGGGACGAACAUCUCCUUACAGAGGUGAGAGCUAUUCCACUAACUAUGGAAUGUAUAUGCAAACGUCUGCAGAAUAUGGUUGCUCCAUGAUGGGUAGUUUUGGUAUUGUUGGUACCCCUCUCUCCAAACGGGAUGAUCUGCAACCGAGUGGGAUGCAUCACAGCAGUUACCAGCACUCACAUUACCUGUCGCAGCGGGACAAUUGGAUCGCAGGCUCUAAAACUUACAGAGGUUCACAACCUGUUGCCCAGCCUUUGCACCCUUGCUCGUUUCCAGACAGUAAUGUGAAAGAGGAAGCGAUUCCUUGUCUUUACCAGCCUGAUAUCGACAGCGCUAAAGAGUCCGCUGAAAAAUCCACCUACAUCCGUCUGGGAGACAAUAACAGCCACCCGAGUCAAAGCGCUGUCUCCAUCCCUGAUUAUUUCCGACGGAGCCAGGUGUACGCCAGUGAAAGGGGCCACCAUGGAGAUGAGUUCGGCUCGGACUUUAACCCAAUACCCAGAAUAUCCACGUCUGUUGAAGCACUAGCAGCAGAUUCCUAUAUCAAAAGCAGCAAAGCAAGGCAGGACCCAGAAGACAAGGGAGGGAAUACGCAGGAAGACGACAUGGAUCAGAGACAGACUAGAAACAAGGAGAGUGUCUCAAAAACAGACAGUUGUUCUGAUGAUUCCGAGAGCGAUUUGAAAGAUGAGGCUAAAUUGGAAAAAACAACGGGGAACUGGCUAAAAGCGAAAAGUGGACGAAAGAAGAGAUGUCCUUACACAAAGCAUCAGACACUUGAGCUGGAGAAGGAGUUCUUGUUCAACAUGUACUUGACUCGAGAGCGCCGUCUGGAGAUCAGCAAGAGUAUCAACCUCACAGACAGACAGGUCAAGAUCUGGUUCCAAAACAGAAGGAUGAAGCUAAAGAAGCUCAACAGAGAAAGUCGCGUCCGAGAGCUAACAGGCUAUAGCUUCAACUGAGCGCUUUAGACAGACAAAGGAAAGAUAAGAAAUUACAUGUUCUCUCUUAUCCACACAUGUACAAAUACAAAAUAGCAAAGCACUGGUUCAUGACUUUUAAUGCAAAGGGACUGGAACAUCCUGCAAACAAUAUUACAUUUAGUUUACAUCAGUGCCUAAUUUAUCAUUGUUAAAUAGACCAGAAUAAUAAUUGUAAAUAUGCCAGUAGCGUAAGAAAAGGAUGCUUGGUGCAAAUAUUCGUGGCAGAUUUGUAUU